AUGAGUUCCUCAUCUUCUUCGCGCAAGUCCCGCAGCGGGUCGAGCGUCAUGUACACAAACGCAGUGUAUUUCCCGAAUCACCACAUAUACAAGGGGGACACACCGGGGCAGCUCAACUACAGCUGUAUAAGUCAUGUGUUUUAUGCCCAUGCACAAGUAUCUAGCGAUGGGAGUGUUCUUUUAAGCGACGAGUGGGCAGACGCAGGCGCGCCCUGCGAUGGGGUCAAAGGUGGCCUCGGCUCACUCAUGUACCUGAAGCAAAAACACCCUCAUCUCCUGGUUGUACUAUCAGUGGGAGGUGGCAACUCGAGCGAGAUAUUUCCCCACGUGGCUGCUAGCGCUGUCCGCCGAGACAACUUUGCACGAUCGGCUAAGGGACUGGUCGACGCAUCUGGACUCGAUGGGAUUGACGUUGACUGGGAAUACCCCUCCGACCCACAACAGGGGGCCGAUUUCGUUGCCCUGCUAGCCGCCACACGCCUCCAUCUCACAGAGGACCGAUAUAUACUCACAGCGGCUCUGCCAGCGGGCCUAUCGGUUCUGCAGAAUAUCAACAUGGCAAUGGCCGCGGACUAUCUUGACUAUAUAAACAUUAAAGCAUAUGACCUGUACGGAUCCUGGACGCACAAAUGCGGCCAUCACGCUCAGCUGUACGCCAGAGGAAAGGACGAGGCAUCAGGUUCAUCGACUGUGCAUUAUUUGCUGUCACGGAAGGUUCCGGCUAAGAAGAUCCUCCUCGGGAUUCCAGUAUACGGACGUAGUUUCCUCAACACUACUGGGCCAGGGCACAGGUUCAAGGGUUCCGGGGGAGAGCAUGGUGUAUUCGAAUAUCGCCAGCUCCCAAGGAAAGGAACGCGGGAGCAAGUCGAUAAGGGGCUCGUUGCGGCGCAGUGUGUGGGUGGGGACGGCGGCUUCGUCACAUACGACAACCCGGAUACAGUGAAGAUGAAGGCCACAUAUUGCAAACAGAAAGGUUUAGGGAGAGAGGUACUUAGGAUUCAGCAUCCGGACAGGUCAGAAUCCAAUGCCAGGCAGCAAAUCACAAAGGUCAACAUGAGUGCGAGUAAAUUGACCGAACCUUCGUCCUUGGAUGCUGUCGACUACGACCCCGUACAGCACCUCAACCUUCUUUUCAACCACCCGGCCUCGGUUACCUCGAUCGAACCAGUCAGUGCGGCGCUGCAGGCUCACAAGGAUGGGCUCUCGACGUCGAUAGUUGAGCUCGAGACGGAGCAGGCCUACGGGCCGUCGUCGUCGCUGGAGCGCAUGCAGAGCGCCCAGGCCGAGCUGGCCGGCCUCUUCAAGCGCAUUGAGAGCGUCCGCACCCGCGCCCUGCAGACGGAGCGCAACAUCACCACCAUGACGGCCGACAUCAAGCGCCUCGACGGCACCAAGCGCAACCUCACCCUGUCCAUGACCGCCCUCAAGCGCCUCCAGAUGCUGACCACGGCCUACGAGCAGCUGAGGGGUCUGGCGAGGUCCCGCCAGUACCGAGAGUGCGCCGGCCUGCUGCAGGCCGUCCUGCAGCUCAUGAAGCAUUUCAACAGCUACAGGUCCAUCGAGCAGAUCGCCGUCCUGAGCAGGAACGUGGCCGAGCUGCAGCGGGAGCUGCUGGAACAGGUCUGUGAAGACUUUGAGCUGGCCUUCGCCAAGGGAGACGUCGCAGCCCACAGGCCGACCCUGGUGGAGGCCUGUCAAGUCAUGGAUGCCCUCGGGGACAAUGCCCGCGCCCGCCUGGUGACGUGGUACGUCAACACGGAGCUGCGGGAAUACCGUCAGGUCUUCAGGGGCAACGAUGAAGCCGGAAAUCUGGACAAUAUCGGCCGGCGCUUUGCAUGGUUCCGCCGGACGCUCAAGACCCACGAAGAGGAGCACGCUGCCAUCUUUCCGCCCCAUUGGCGCGUCAACGAGACCCUUGCGGCGGCAUUUUGCGACGGUACGCGCGACGACCUCAAGGGGGUCCUUGAGAGGAGCAUGCGCCGCCCGGAUGCCGCUGGCAAGAUCGACGUCAACCUGUUGCUCAGCUGUCUGCAGGAGACCAUGGACUUUGAGCAGAGCAUCGAACGGCGGUUUGCCUCGGAGAUGCCCCGUGCGAGCAUCGACACGCUCAGCUCCGCCGACGAGAGGGGCACGCACACGUUUAAUGGGUCUAUAUCGGUCGCCUUUGAGCCAUAUCUCAGUCUUUGGGUCGAGUCUCAGGACAGGCAGCUGGGCUCCAUGAUACCCAAGUACCGAACCCAGCCGCUGAUUCCAGACGACGAGGAGUUUAGCCCCCAGGCUGUUAUUCCCUCGGCAAUCGAGCUGUUUCACUUCUACAAGACAACUCUGUCUCAGUGCGCCAAGUUGUCGACUGGCGACAGGCUCCUGGAUCUAACAAAGAUCUUUUCAAAAUAUCUGGACGAGUAUGCGCAGCAAGUUCUUCUUGGCUUUCUGCAACGUGGUGGCCCUCAAGGCCCCGCCACCGAAGACACCAUCCUGGUGCUCAAUACUGCCGACUUUUGGCACACAAACACCAACCAGCUCGAAGAGAACAUUAGAAAACGCGUCGAUGCCGAGCUGGCCGCCAAGGUCGACCUCUCAUCCCAGUCUGAUGCCUUUCUUGGCGUUGCAAGCGCCGCAGUCCUUGCGCUGGUGCACAAGGUCGAAGCGGGAUGUGAAGGGGCGUGGCGUGAGAUGAAGAACACCAACUGGAGCAGGAUGGAAGGCGUUGGAGAUCAAAGCUCAUACGUGGCCGAGCUGCUCAAGCACGUAAACUCUCAGGCCGAGGAGAUUCUCCCUUUGGUCGUUAAGCAGCAGUAUGCUCGCGCUUUCUGCGACAACCUGGUUGAACAAAUGGCCAGCGCAUACAUUGCCAAUAUUGUGCUCUGUCGACCCGUUUCCGAGGUUGGCGCCGAGCAGAUGCUCCUGGAUAAAUACGUCCUCACAAAAUCCUUUGAAAACCUCAUGUCGUACCACACCCACUCUAAUCCCGAUGGGUCUCAGUACACGCCCUCCGCCAGUUUCGUGAAGCGCGUCAACCAGAUCAUGUCGCGGAUCGACCCCCUCCUCAAGACGCUGCAAGUCCGGGCCUCGCCACCCGAGGGUCUCGUGCAGGCCUACCUUAUCCACAUCGGCGACAAGUCCGACACUAACUUCCGCAAGAUCCUCGACCUCAAAGGCCUGCGCUCCAAGGCCGACCAGGCGCACCUGGUGGAGCUCUUCACCAUCCACAGGGAGGGCACCGCCGCGCCCGGCAGCAAGCAGCUCGUCAUGAAUUCGCCCCUGCUGACGCCGCUCAUGGCUUCCUCCGGCUUCGGCGGCGGCGGCGCCAUGACCACCGCCCCGGGCCUUGACGCCGCGAGCAGCAUCGGCGAGAAGCUACUCAGCGCCGCCCGGGACACGGGCGUCACGGGUCUGGGCGUUAGCAUCCCCGGCGGCGCCGGUGGCGGGAACCCCCAGGUCAACAUCAACGAGAACCUCAAAAAUAUUGGCAAGUUCUUCAGGAGGGACAUCGGUGGCCUGGGCGCGCGCUUCGGGAAACGCGACGUCACGCCGACGGGUUCGGGUGGUGCUGACGACGGGAGCAGGUGA